AUGAAGACUCGCAAAGGAAAAUCUAUGGCUGAACUUAUGUCAGCUAGAAAAGCUAAGAAGACUGCUGGUAUUGGUCCCUCCAAACCAUGGAGCAAGGUUGAAAUAAAGAAGAGGAAGAUUAUAGAUGAUUCUGAGCCUGAAGAGGAUGUUGAGGGAGAUGUCCCUGACAUCUCGCCUACAAAGAAAACUACUGUUAGGAAGUCUCUUGUUAAAGUACCUGUUGUUCAUUUGGAUAACAUCUCCUUCCAUCUUGAGGAUGGAGCUGCUAAGUGGAAAUUUGUGAUUCAGAGAAGGGUAGCUGUGGAAAAGGAAUUGGGAAAAGAUGUUGCUAAUGUCAAGGAGGUCAUGGACCUGAUAAAAGCUGUUGGGCUUUUGAAGACUGUUGUUGGGUUCUCUCAAUGCUACGAAGGUUUAGUCAAGGAAUUUAUUGUUAACAUUCCUGAGGAUAUUCCUGAUAAGAAUAACAAGGAGUUCUGCAAGGUGUAUGUGAGGGGCAGAAAUAAUGAGGGUGCAGGAGAAUUAAAAGUUACAGACAAUCAGGUCUGUAGGGAGAUUACAGCUAGGCAGUUGACUGUCAAGUAUGAUAUCCUGCAUAAAAUAGGAGCUGCUAACUGGGUCCCUACCAACCAUAUCUCCACCAUUGCUAAUACUCUUGGGAGGUUUAUUUUUGUUGUUGGGACAAAAGUGAAAUUUGACUAUGGUAGAUUUAUGUUUGAUCAAAUCAUCAAGCAUGCAACUACCAAUGCAAUUAAGUUGCCAAUUGCUUUUCCCUCUAUGAUCUGUGGAAUUAUCUUGAAUCAACAUCCUGGUAUUCUAUGCUCAAAUGAUUUACCUAGUAGGAGAAAACCAGCUAUGUCUGUGCACUACAAACUCUUUGAAGGCAGUCAUGUCGAGGAUAUUAUCAUGGCAUUUUCCAUGAAGAGGCCAGUCUCAAAAGUUGGAGCAAUUGUUGAGCUUAAGGAGACUUGCAAAGAGCUAGGUGAAGGUAUUAGGAUAGCCAAAGCUAGAAAACAAUCUUUGGAAGCCUUGAUUGCAAGCUUGGAGCAGACUGAGGGUGAAAAUGUUGAACAUGCUAAUGCCAUCCAUGAAGAAGAAGCUGAAGCCCACACCUCUAGUGAGAGGUCUGUUAACAAUAAAGAUGUAAGUGGCAAUUCUGCUUCUGGUGCUACUGAAGAGGCUGCAAACUCAAGCUUUACUGAGUAG